AUGGAAGAGUCAACGACUGUCACCGCGACCUCGAUUGAAGUGCAAUGUCCCACCUGUAAGAAUUUCUCCUCUACGGGUCCCUACGCAAUCUUCCAUCGGCAGCUGCUAAUCGAUAAGAUAGGCAGCGAUAGGUUCUUGUAUGAGAUGCAGGGGCAAGUGAGCCGAGCCAACCAGGGCAUGGAGUCGGAACCGGAGCUGGGCCCGGAGCUGCAGUCAGAGAUUAAGCCCCUCGAGCGAGUGGGGUCUGCUGGGCCGCGACUCCAGCGUUCGGACAAACCGAGCCCGCAAACACCCACGACAGAGCACGAAACGCAGGGGCCGUGCACAGAAAGAUACACAGACGACGGUCGCAGCGUGGCAAGCAACAGCAAGCGUGCUGAUUCUCGCGGACGCUCAAGUCACCGAGAUCGCUUUUCCUGGAGGGCCCGGGGCCGUUAUGGAGGCUCUUAUGGAAGCGCUGAACGAAAAAGGGGCAUCGAGCAGCCAUACUACCCCGAAUACGACUGGCCCUACCAAAGACGUGAUCGUUCUGGCUGCUCGAAUCGAACGCGAGACUACGACCCAGAUGCCCCAUCUGAUCAGGACCAACGUCGCUACAACCGCCGACUAGUCAAUUACGGAAACUAGCAUUGUCGAGCAGGAGACGCUUCAUCCCAUCCUGCGCAGUUCUCCAGAGGUUUUGAGAAAGGACAAACCGCUGGCCUGCAGCCACAUCUUGCGCCGUUCCGUCGGAGCAAGGAGCAUGAAACAGCAGGCGGUCCCACGAUUCACCUCGCGCGCACGCCCAGGCCAAUUUCGCGCUUAGAGCUUGAGAUAAUGUCUGCCUGCAUGACUGAGACAAGGCGGUGCUGUGUGACAGGCACAGCAAGGGGAGGAUGUGACGCGGGUUUGUGGACCAAUGUACCGAUGUAGCGCCCGACGAUCGGCGAUUGGUUUGAGGGAGGUGUCCGGGGUUGCUGCGACAGGACACAAUGCCUUGGCCCCACAAACCCGGGCUGGGCAUCACACGAUAAUGCCUCGACUGCUUCCUCGGUUUUCACCACUCCCGCCCAACAGACCUUCCGCAUUCGGCCCAGUCUCAACC